AUGUCUGCCGAAGACUUUCGUGGCUACGAUGCCGAUUUUGAACCAUCUGCUGACGCCGUUGCGGAGUUUCUUACCGAAGAGCUUUGCCAGGAAGACUUUCUCCCAAACAGUUUCAACGAUGACGAUGUGUCGCCCUCUGUAAGCUCUGACUCUUCUUUUCACCGUUUGCUAUCACCUAUUUUCUUACGCCAGAAGGACAUCCGAUCCCUCUUUCCAUGCCAGCAGGUGCACUUGCAGAACAAUGCCUCCGACACCAAGCGGAAGCAAAGCACGAGCGAUGGAACAGAUGAGUCAUCUCCAGUUUCCACUCCGUGCAAGAGCCCCCCAUUGAAGAGAGCCGGGCUGCGUACUUCUCCCGUUGUGUCGUCAAGGUCCGUGACCAUCACUGCCAGCAACCUGGUCAUCAAGAAAGAGAAUGUCCAAAUGCCAGCCGACAGGUUGGAGAACGUCGCACUGCUAGUUGCCGAAGCCACUGCUGUUCCCAGUAAAGACAAAUCUUUUCCUGGCCACAGAUUUGUUCGUGCCAACCGCCCCCCAAGGCGCCCCAUUCCUGAAGACACCGAAGUCCUGUGCGUGGAUAGCCCUGAGGACAAAAAACCAGCUGCUGUUCCAGACAAUGUCGGUUCUCUGAAAACGUCCAAAACAGCUACUACCACAGGGCCGGCGGAGGUCAUAUGUGUGGACAGCAGCCCAGAGGUUGAAAAGAACGUAGUCAAGAAAACCGGGGAUGUGGCUUUUGGCCGUCACUCGCCAACUUACCUCGAAGCAACCGUUGCCAGCUGCCGUAGGAUGGCGAUGAGUGGAAAUCCACGUGAAUUCCCAUUGUGGUGCGAAGCAGCUGUGCUGGUUUAG